UUGCUCAAGUUAUAUCAUCCACAUCAGUUUCCAUAGAGUCAAAAAUUGAGUAAAAAUUUUAUUGUCUACCACACAAGAUGUUGUCGUAUUUGGAGGCUCAGGACUUUCAGGACAAGGACAUACGAUGCGCAUUCAAUUUCGUUAAUGCCAGACGCAAUGCACAGCUGCUGCUGGACGGGUAUAAGCCACCUUUGGCAGUGCGCACGGGCACUUCCAUCGUGGGCAUCAUCUACCAGGACGGGGUCAUACUCGGUGCCGAUACGCGCGCCACCGAGGGACCCAUUGUGUCAGACAAGAACUGUUCGAAGAUACAUCGUCUGCAGGAUCACAUUUACUGCUGCGGGGCAGGCACCGCGGCCGAUACUGAGCAGAUGACUCUGAUGACAUCCGCUGAACUAGAUCUGCACGGGCUGAACACGGGUCGCCAGGUGCCAUUGAUCUGUGCUAGCAUGAUGCUCCGCCGUACACUGUUCCGCUACCAGGGUCACAUUAGCGCCGCCCUAGUCAUGGGUGGGGUGGACAAAUAUGGGCCGCACAUAAACUGCAUUCAUCCGUGCGGCUCCAUCGACAAGAUACCCUAUGCAGCUAUGGGCUCUGGCACACUGGCGGCCAUGGCUGUGCUGGAGCAGGGCUGGAAUCCCGAGCUGGGGCUGGAGGAUGGCAAGCAGCUGGUGCGCAAGGCAAUUAGCGCCGGUGUGUUCAACGAUCUGGGCUCCGGCUCCAACAUCGACCUGUGCGUGAUAACGCGCGAUGGAGCCAAGCAUCUCCGCACGGAGACAAUCGCCAGCGAGCGUGGCGAGCGGAUGGGCGCGUAUUCCAUUCUGCCCAAUACGACGUUGGUGAAGAGCAUCUCGAUACGGGACCUCGAUAUAGUCGGCGAGCGCAUCUACCGCCCCACCUAUUCCAUUUCCCAGUUGCCCUCCAUCAGCCAGUCCGAGUCGCAAAUGGAGAGCCCACAACCAAAGCCUAAGCCGAAGCCGAAGCCCAGCUCGACAUAUCCAUCCUCAGGCCGUCCAUAGGUAUCUAAUAGUAUAAUAAAUAUAUUUGUUUAUGAGUGAUUAGCGAGCAUUGCACAAAUCCAGACACAGGUGAAGCCAUUUCUGUAUUGUACUCUGUAGUCUCCAAUA